AUGGAUUACUUUUCUCGGUAUUUGGAGAUUGCCUACCUGGACAAUAUCACAAGUAAUCACGUAGUUGGCAAAUUAAAGAAUAUGUUUGCCAGAUGGGGCAUACCCGAGGAACUUGUUAGUGAUAACGGUGGACAGUUCAGUUCGAAAUCAUUCAGACAGUUUUCGAUUGAUUAUGGAUUUCAUCAUACAUUCUCCAGUCCUCAUUAUCCUCAAGCAAAUGGAGAGGCAGAGAGUGCGGUUAAAGUAGCCAAACGAAUACUCAAACAGCCGGAUGUAUUUCUAGCCCUAAUGGCUUACCACAGUACCCCCGUACAUGCGACAGGUACUAGUCCAUCUGAACUCAUCAUGGGACGUAAAAUCAGAACGACCGUUCCGAUUUGUUCUGACCAACUAGAGCCUGGAUGGCCGGACCUAGGAAAAGUUAGGGAAAAGGACAGACAAUCCAAACACAGGAUGCGUGUAAACUUCAAUCGUAUGCAUGGAGCUCGCACUUUAAAACCACUUUACGUAGGUGACCGUGUUAGGGUGAAAACUGAUAAAGAAAAGUCUUGGGAUGAGGCAGGAAUCGUCACAUCUGCUGAUUACGCGAACCGCUCAUACUUUGUGAAAACUCUCAGUGGAGACCUCAGGAGAAAUCGUAAGCACUUGCUUCAUGUCAAUGAUGAAAUGCAAGAUUCAUCUGUGCCAAGUGAUUUUCAGUGUUCUUUCGCUAUGGAACCGGAACCGGAAAUUCCGAUGGGGAACCAGAAUUCAGAGGAAUCGCUGUGUACCGAAACAACCACACCACUUACCAAUGAAACUCCGAGUGUACUUGUUACGAACAUUCCACAGAGUAGCACUCCACCAGCUACCGUAAGGCGUAGUGGUCGCGAAAUAAAACGCCCCAAAUACCUAAGUGACUAUUUGCUGUGA